AUGUGGAUCAUUAACUGGUUUUACGAUGUUCUUGCUUCGCUUGGUCUGUUGAACAAGCAUGCCAAGCUUCUCUUCCUUGGUCUUGAUAAUGCCGGAAAGACGACUUUGUUGCAUAUGUUGAAGAACGACCGUGUCGCUGUCCUUCAGCCUACUGCUCACCCUACCUCCGAGGAGCUUGCCAUCGGCAACAACCGCUUCACCACCUUUGAUCUGGGUGGUCACCAGCAGGCCCGUCGUCUCUGGAAGGACUACUUCCCCGAAGUUAGCGGCAUCGUCUUCCUAGUCGACGCCAAGGACUACGAGCGUUUCCCCGAAUCCAAGGCCGAGCUCGACGCUCUCCUCGCCAUGGAGGAGCUCUCCAAGGUCCCUUUCCUCGUCCUCGGAAACAAGAUCGACCACCCCGACGCCGUCAGCGAGGAUGAGCUCCGCCACCAGCUUGGUCUGUACCAGACUACUGGUAAGGGCAAGGUCCCUCUCGAGGGUAUCCGACCUAUCGAGGUGUUCAUGUGCAGUGUUGUCAUGAGACAGGGAUACGGCGAGGGUAUCAGAUGGUUGUCCCAAUACGUCUAA